GCACUCUGGGAAUAGCAGUUCAUGCCACAUCACAUGACAUUUGCAGUUUUUCGAUUUCGGUCAUCGACGGUAUCGGAGAUGGUUUUCAACCUUGUGAUGGGGCUUUAUAGAUAAGGACUUCACAAAAUAAUACAUUUGUUUCGUCGUUGGAAGCCACGAAUAACUUUCACUUGGCUUUACGCCAUGGACGCCAGAAACGAUGCAUUGACAUUACAUUUUGGACUACGUGAUAUUAGCUAGCUAGAUAACUUGCUAAAUUAGCUCCCGUUGACUUGUAAUCUAAAUGAGAGAAAGGUCUGAUGCUACCUAGCCAAUUUUUAUGAAAAUCUCGUCGUUAUGUGUAGUUAGCUGACUUGCUGUUGUUGGCUAGCAAUGCUAGGGGCUAGCUAGCAAACACAGACAUACAAUGGUGUGCAGCUAACGUUAGAGAUGCGUGGAGCUUGCUCGAACUUGCUUGGUCUAACUUACUCAAAAUGCUCCGUUAUUUAGUAGGUAGCUAAGUUACUUGCAGAAAACAUUUAUAUUGCUUGCUUGUUAGCUACCUAGCUUUCUACUGCAGUUUUCAAACAAGAUAGCUAACGUUAGCAAGGAUGAACUACUUCCUUGAAGUCUAUAGUUACUCAUCUUGGGAUAUUUUAGUUUAGCCUCCAUCACUAACCACGAUAUUACUGACCAGAUAAGAGGCUAACAUUGCAUAGAGUUACUUGUUCAGUGGUUGAACUUGUUGACAAGACUUGCUCUCAUUGCUAAUAUAGCUGGAUCCAUAACUCAUUUAGAUGGCAAACGUUAGCUAACGUAAUUGUCUUGAAUGACGGGGACUUAAUUCAAAAGCGCAUCAGACCAUGUUUUUGUGCUGGUCUUACUUUCAAGAGACAAUUGUCAUUAGUUAAAUAAAUAGCUAGCCAGCUAUUUAAGUCAGUUGCUGAGGAUGACUGACCCAGAAAGUCCCCUUUCAAAUUCUGUUUUGGGAGACUUUCAGUGGCUUUGCAUGGUAACACUGUUCAUUGCAUCCAGCAUUACAUUGAUACUGUAUCUAAUACAGUAUUUUUACGACGAUCUACGGAUACAGAAGCCUGAGCAAAACAAUGCGGUUUCGGAGGAAGCGGACGCUCUGUUGGGAUGGGCGCUGUCACUGAAAAGCUGGAAAAGUCAAUGGAGAGUUGCUUGGUGCAGAGCGUUGAAUGACGAAUCGAGGAAGUCUGGGAGCCCAGUGCAACUAACAUUUGAAGAGGAGAGCCUUCAGUCAUCAGAGCUGGUGGUUGGCCAAGUUUCCAGCUUUAAAAAAUCUGCUGGUCAGAAGGCUGCACAAUGCAAGGUUGUCGGGGACAAGCUUCAGUUCUCCCUCAGUGCAUCACCAUCAGCUAUGUCUCCAGGAGAGCCCUGUAGGUACAGCGUGAAGAUAUCGACACUUGAACUGCAGUUGGACUUGCAGAUAAGGGAGGCUGAAGGAGAGGUCUGGGUGGGCUGGGGGGUGUCCCAUCUGGAGACAUGGGACCUGCAGCUCAGCCCCAGCUUCACACAGGACAAUGCCACAGGCCCAAGUGUGGCUGCAGUAAAGGACGUGCUGAGACAGCUGCUGUGUGUGGUGCGUCCCUCCGUGAUGCUGAGUUGCAGGCCUGCUCAGGCCACAGAGGUCAAGGAGGCCUGUAAGCAGGUGACAUCACCGCCCAAGCCCCCCCGCGCUCACGACUGGAAGCUGCUGGUGAAGAAUAUCCGGGUGACAUGUAAGGAGCAGGAGGACGGUGCUGCAGGCAGUAUGAAUCCCCUGUGUGUGCUGCAGCUAGACGACCCUCCACAGAAACUCUCCACUUCAGUCCUACAAAACACAGCCAGCCCAGCCUGGGACCAGCCCUUCAUCUUUGAGCUGAAUGGACGAUCAAAAGAGCUCAAUAUUCAGCUGCUGGAUGAUGGGAAACCUCAGGAGAACUCCUUAAUGGGUCAAGUGUCUGUGCCUUUUCAUCUGGUGAAGAAGCAACCCAAAGGACAGCAAAAAUUUGCCCUCAUAUCCAAAGACCAAGUGACUGGGUCACUUACUGCUGAGUUUACCUACUUGGAACCUAGCGAGGUGCGGUCGUGGCAGCCCCCUACUCCAGCCCUCACUAAGAGAGUGGAAAUGGACCGCACGGUCAUGCCCUGCGGUACUGUGGUCACCACAAUCACUGCAGUGAAGAGUAAACCAGCUCGACCACUACUGCCUGGACUGAACAAAAAUCCCACCCAGCAGACCCCCUUGAAGCCUCCCAGCGGCACCAAGUCCAAGCUGUCGUCUCGGAGGGUGUCAGAGCAGCCAUCCAUGCUGGGGACGAUGGGGAGUAAGGCCCUGUCCUCCUCCGACACAGAGCUGCUUAUGCUCAAUGGGUCCGAUCCCGUGGCAGAGGCCGCCAUCCGCCAGCUCCACGAGUCAGCCAAGCAGAAGCUCAAGUCCCCGGUCAAGAAGAGCACCAUCAUCAUCUCAGGAGUGGCCAAGACCCCUCUUUCUCAGGAUGAUGAGAUGGCAUUGAUGGUGGGCUACGCUGCUGCGAUGGAUGCCUCCAUGUCGGAGCAGGGUUCUCAGGAGAUUUCUGUGGCGACUGCUUCAGUAGUAGGAGCCAGUAGCAACCUCCCGGAGGCGUGGUCAGAACCCCAGGAGGGCCCCAGUGGAGUUGUCCAGGCUCAAGCCCAGCAGGCCCCGGAGGACUGGGAGAGCCAAGCAGUAGAGGACCCAGACAGAGAUGCAGAUAAAACCUCCAUGUCCCUCUGCAUCUCAGAGUCAGGCUCCAAAAAGAGCAGGGAGGAUACCAUUGCUAACCAGAAAUGUUUUCCUGAAGAGAGGCGGCUUCCUACAAAAGAGUGCCAAGCUGUUCUUCCGCCGGCGCCGCCAGUGCAAGGACCCGGGUAUGAGCCAGUCGCACAACGACCUGGUGUACCUGGAGCAACCUGUGACGGUGGACCGAGAGAAACGCACAGCCACUUUCAGCCGGAUGUUGAACCGCAAGCUGCUGCCCAAGAGCAAGAGCAAAGCCAACGGCUCCACAACCCAGACAUCCACUCCCACCCUGGAGGAACAACACGCAGCCUGACUCUCCCUCCAAUAGUUCUGGAGCCCCCCACACCACCUCUAACCCCUUCUUUAGUCCUCCAGCCCCCCACGCCGCCACUCCUACUACCUCUAACCCCUUCUUUAGUCUUCCAGCCCCCCACUCAACCACCCCUACCACCCACUUCUUCCCCUCAUCUAGUCCUCCAGCCCCCCACUCAACCACCCCUACCACCCACUUCUUCUCCUCAUCUAGUCCUCCAGCCCCCCACUCAACCACCCCUACCACCCACUUCUUCUCCUCAUCUAGUCCUCCAGCCCCCCACUCAACCACCCCUACCACCCACUUCUUCUCCUCAUCUAGUCCUCCAGCCCCCCACUCAACCACCCCUACCACCCACUUCUUCUCCUCAUCUAGUCCUCCAGCCCCCCACUCCACCACCCCUACCACCCGCUUCUUCCCCUCUAGUCCUUCAGCCCCCCACUCCACCACCCCUACCACCCGCUUCUUCCCCUCCUCUAGUCCUCCAGCCCCCCACUCCACCACCCGCUUCUUCCCCUCCUCUAGUCCUCCAGCCCCCCACUACACCACCCUUACCACCCGCUUCUUCCCCUCCUCUAGUCCUCCAGCCCCCCACUACACCACCCUUACCACCUGCUUCUUCCCCUCCUCUAGUCCUCCAGCCCCCCACUCCACCACCCUUACCACCUGCUUCUUCCCCUCCUCUAGUCCUCCAGCCCCCCACUCCAACACUCUUACCACCUGCUUCUUCCCCUCCUCUAGUCCUCCAGCCCCCCACUCCACCACCCCUACCACUCGCUUCUUCCCCUCUAGUCCUCCAGCUCCCCAUGCCGCCUCCACCCCUACCACCUUGCACUGACUGAGAGAUCCCACUUCCCGAUCCGUGAAUUAUACACUACUGGUUGGGAAAACUUUGUGUUUAUCUCCCUUCCUCCUGCUCUUCCUUCACCCUCACCUUUUUUUGAAGAAGAAAUAUUUGACAGGAAGUAUAUCUGUUUGGGUGACGCUAAUUUGAAUAACUUUCACCUUCAUGCCAUUUCAUGAGAUCAUUUUUUUGUUUGAUUUAAAUUUACCGUUUUUUGCAUCAUUAUUGAAACAUUCUGUAUUUCUGGCCUUCUAAACCAUGAGAAGAACUACUGGUGGCCAACCUGGACCCUUGUCCAAUCAGAGGGUAGUAAGGGCAACCUGAUGGGAUCUAAUGGAAGGUGGACCAAAGGAGUGAAGAAUGGUGUUGACAACUCCACCAAUAUCAUAUUUUUUGCCCUCAGAACAGCCUCAAUUCGUCGGGACAUGGACUCUGCAAGGUGUCGAAAGCGUUCCACAGGGAUGCUGGCCUGUGGUUACUCCAUUGCUUCCCACAGUUGUCAAGUUGGCUGGAUGUUCUUUGGGUGGUUGAGCAUUCUUGAUACACACAGGAAACCUUUGAACAAGAAACACCCAGCAGCGUUGCAGUUCUUGACACAAACCGGUGCGUAUGGCACCUACUACGAUACCCCGUUCAAAGGCACUUAAGUGUUUCGUCUUGCCCAUUCACCUUCUGAAUAGCACACAUACACAAUGCAUGUCUCAAUUGUCUCAAAGCUUAAAAAUCCUUCUUUAACUGCUCUCUGCUUCUUCGUCUAAACUGAUUGAAUUAGAUUUAACAAGUGAUAGAAAUAAGGGUUCAUAGCUUUCAACUUGAUUCACCUGGUCAGUCUGUCAUGGAAAGAGCAUAUUCCUAUUGUUUCUUCAGUCAGUGUAUAGAAGCAGCUUGUGUACUGUAGCCAAUAUGUGAUUGAGAUAGGUGUUUGAUGUGUUGUCAAGGGAACCAGUCUGUUCCACUGUAAGGUUGAUACUAGUGGAAGAUGAUAAAGCCUAACAUUGUAAUACAAGACAUCUAAAAUAAAUUCACAUACAAACCUCAGAGCUACUGUGAAAAUCAUAUGCUAGACUAAAUAUUUCAGACAUAACAGUUAUGACAGUUCUGUAAAUAACACACCGAAAGAGGUAAAUGUCAUUCAUACGUUAUCUGACAUUGAAACAAUUUUGGGAAGACCAAAAUUUGUUUUUAAUAUAUAGUUCAUUGAGUUUUGUAUUGUCCACUAUAAACACUAUUUCAAAACAGUGCAGCGACAUCAUGGAGAAGAUGAAUUUAUUUUUUAUAUAUUAACAUUUUUGAAUUUUUUUGUAUUAUCACUUUUCUUUUAUAAGCUAUUGCAGUGUUAUAAAAUGAUAUGCCGUUUCCUGUGAUCUUCUGACCUAAAGAUGCCCUCUUUACACUACAACUCUGUCUGGGGUUGGUGAAGUGGUAACUAGAACCCCAAUGAUCUCAUAUGCUGAGCGAGGGAAAGAAAGUGAUACUACCCCCAAGGCAUACUUAUUGCAGUGUUGAUGCACACAUGCAUUUCCACUGAAUUACUUGUGUUUUUGCUGUUUUUUGUUUUAAAAAUGACAUGUAUCGGAGCUUUAAACAUUAUCUUAACUGAAAGGGUGAUGAGGAAAGUUUGGGAAAUCUGAAUGGUUUCACUGCUUUGGGCUUUUACUUAGCUAAUGAUUGUACUGUUAUUUUUCUUAAACCGGUAAAUUAAAUGAAUGUUGUCUUCGAGAUGAAUUCCCUUUUGUUAACUACUGUUUUUCUUCUCAGCAAAUGAACCUCCUGAGAGGACUGCUAUACUCUUACUGACAUGAUGGCAGUACUCAAGAUGGACAUAGUAGUCAGAUGCCCUACUGUUUAAAAUACUUUUGAAAAGACAGGAGAACAGUUAUUCUACUAGUGUAGUAGUGACAAAUUGUAGUGGUAGGGUUUACCUCUUGGAAAUGGUCAAUUUUCAGGUAUGAACAAUCUUAGAAUGACCUGGGGCCUGUGUGACCCUGGCCUUGCUAUCCCUGGCUGUGCUUUCCAUGCCUAUCAGCUGGUGUUUUCAGAGGACUCGUGAAUGUUGCUAUAUGGCUUGAAAGGCUUUGAGAUGAGAGAGGGGCCAGUUCGAUUUCUCCCUCUCAACAACCCAUAUUAAAACGGAAUAAUCAAGGAGCCCUGAUUUUAAAAAUAAAUUUAAAAAAAAUAAAAUCAUAUCCAGGUAUGACUGACUGAUUACACUGGGGCAUCUGGUUGCUGGAAAAAAAUGCAUGCCAUUUAUGUUGAUCUAGAACAACCACAUUAAUGAAGUUAUCUCCUGCAUGUACUGUAUGGGUUAUAUUUGAAGUGGUGGACCGUAGGGCAGUUUGGGCAAAUGCCAGAUGGCCUGGUUUGUUUUUUUGAUCUUGCAGAUUGAGGCGUUUGCUGAUGCCCGAAGUCAUCUAAAAACCAUGUAAAAAGAAUGUGGGAAGUUUUAACCAUGCUAACUUGUUUCUUAGCCUAUAACAUGGCAACUGACAAGUGCAAGAUUAUGCAUUUCAAUAGGCAGUGGGCCUGUGUUUGAUCAAACUGCUUCCUGCCAUUUAAUAUUGGCAUUGGCUCUGAAAUGCACAGAACCUGGUUGACUGCUUAUAUUGAGUGUCAGUCAAUGCCAUGCAGGGAUUAUGACUAAUUAUUGACAUAUCAGGUUUAUCAUCUUGAGCAAUAAAUAUUGUCUGAAUAACCA